AUGACACUAUCCGAGCUUUUGACAUCUGCAGAUUCCGGCAGACUGCGCUUAUACAGUUGCUGCGGUGGACAGGGCCCCAGCAACCUCACAGGUCUCGACGAUUUGGUCCAUCUGGUACGAACAUAUGGAGAUCGCGACCCAAUACGACACUUGAUCGACACCUCUUCCAGCCAUCUCGAGCUCCUUGCGUCUAUUCCACAUCGAUCUCCGUUCUUCUCUGGGCGUGGAUUUCCAUUACGCACAUGGCUCGACGACUUUGCAGCAACAGCACCAUCCUCUGACGAACUCGCUCUUUCGCCGUUUAGUUUCCCCAUCAACACCUUACUUUCCCUGGCUCACUAUGCACUCACUGCGCACACGAUUGGUGUUGAUCCCGGGCAGCUUCGGGACCGCCUGCACGGCGUCAUCGGGCAUUCCCAAGGAGUAUUUGCUGCCACAGCAAUUGCUCAUAGCGGCAAGGGGUGGCCGGCCUUUUACAAUGCAGCGAGCCUUGUAUUGAAAUUAUCAUUCUGGGUUGGUCUCGAGUCUCAUCUUGCUGCGCCAGGUAGCACUCUAUCCGCCGAGGACGUGGCGGACUGUCUACAGCAUGACGAGGGCGCGCCUUCAUAUCUCCUGAGCGUGACGGGCUUGAGCCAUGACCAUCUACAGCGUCUUAUACGGAAGGCAAACACCCAAGACGUACAGUUAUCGCUCAUCAAUAGCAACAACAAAUUUGUGCUGGCCGGGACACCGCAGGCCCUCCGGGAUAUAUGCCUUGCAAUUCGUACAGUCAGUGCGCCGCAAUCGCUUGAUCAGACCCGAGCCCCCUUCACACAGCGUCGACCGAUCUCUGACGUCCGGUUUCUCCCUGUCUCAGCUCCUUACCAUUCUUCGCUUCUGGCAUAUGUCGAGCCGUACGUGGUGGAUGCCAUUAAGGGCCUCCGAUUGAAUGGCAGCGACAUAGCCAUACCUCUCUAUGCCCAAGUGAAGGGCAAGACGCAGAACCUGCAGGACCUCAAAGAGGACGUCUUAUCAGCUUUGAUCCGUGCUGUCACCAUAGAACAGGUUGAUUGGCCUGACGCAUGCCGCAAAAUGGACAGUGCUACCCAUGUGCUUUCUUUUGGGCCUGGAUCUGUCGGAAGCCUGGUCCAAGAUGUCUUGGAGGGAACUGGGGUCCACGUAAUGAACCUAUCAGGGCGUUCUCUAUCGUCAUGUCUAAAUGCUCUUAACUCAGUAUCUUCUCUGCCGGUAGGACAGAGCUGGGGUCACAAGUACCGCCCACGUCUGGGUACAUCGAACUCAAAAGAGGCCGAACCCUAUAUUGAAACGAAGAUGACACGACUAUUAGGGCUACCACAUGUCAUGGUGGCAGGAAUGACUCCGACAACGUGCUCGCCGGAAUUUGUCGCUGCCGUCAUGAACGCAGGCUACCAUGUUGAAUUCGCCUGCGGUGGCUACCACCAUCCAGAGACCCUGGAAGCAGCUCUUCGCCAACUCGCAGCCGCAAUCCCAUUCCAUCGCUCGAUCACCUGCAAUGUCAUCUACGCCUCGCCAAAAUCCCUCACCUGGCAGAUAAACCUCUUACAGGAUCUGAUCAAGGAGGGUCUGCCGAUUGAUGGGCUGACAGUUGGUGCUGGCAUACCCUCGCCCGACGUUGUUAGGGAGUGGGUUGAACGGUUGGACCUCUCUCAUAUCUGGUUCAAACCUGGAUCUGUCGAUGCCAUAGACCGUGUCCUUGCUAUUGCUCGUCAGUACCCAGGUCUCCCCAUUGGCCUGCAGUGGACCGGGGGCCGCGCAGGGGGCCAUCACUCAUUUGAAGAUUUCCACCAAGCAAUUCUCGACCGUUACAGCCACAUCCGGAGCUGCGACAACGUUAUCCUCGUGGCGGGUAGUGGAUUUGGGGGAGGGCACGAUACAUGGCCGUACCUCACCGGCUCUUGGUCACAGGAGCUGGGAUUUGCUGCGAUGCCCUUUGACGGAGUCCUCCUAGGGAGUCGCAUGAUGGUGGCUCAUGAGGCCAAAACGUCGCUGGCCGCGAAGCAGUUGAUAGUCCAGGCUCCAGGGAUUGUUGAAGAUGAUGACUGGACGCGCUCCCAGCAUGAAGCCAUCGGGGGUGUGAUUUCAGUUGUCUCUGAGAUGGGACAGCCGAUCCAUGUACUGGCAACUCGAGGGAUGCGUUUAUGGCAUGAGUUUGACAGGAGGUUCUUCUCGAUCAGGGACCCUGAGCAGCUCCGGGUGGCACUGAAGAAGCAUCGGGAGGAAAUAAUCAGUCGUCUCAAUAGGGACUAUGCGCGACCGUGGUUUGCAAUUGCAGACGAUGGAAGGCCGGUUGAGAUGGAAGACCUCACCUACAAACAAGUGCUACAUCGACUCUGUGGGCUCAUGUUCGUGGAGCGCCACUCGCGCUGGAUUGAUCAGUCCUACCUCGUCCGUGUCCAUGACUUUGUGCGCCUUCUACAUGCACGGUUUGGUACUGGGAUGUCCCUAAGCAACAGUCCUGCUGAGCUCAAAGUGGCGUUCGAUGAGGCAUACCGCACUCAUGCGGACGAAGUCUUGUAUCCAGACGACGCGGCAUUGCUCCUCUCCUUAUUUCGUCGACAGGGCCUCAAGCCAGUACCCUUCAUACCGAUACUCGAUGAGAGCUUUGAGACCUGGUUCAAGAAGGACUCCCUGUGGCAAUCGGAGGAUGUCGACUCGGUUCCCGAGCAAGAUGCCCAACGCGUGUGUAUCAUUCAAGGCCCGGUGGCCGUACAACAUUCUAAAGUGUGCGAUGAACCUGCCAAAGAUAUCCUAGAUGGAAUCCGUGACCCGCACACUGGCUUCCUAAAGAAUCAGAUUUUGGCUAGUGGGGAAGAUGAUAUGAUCAGCGCCAUAGUUCAAGACGCCGACGUCUUACCCGGCAUCCAUGUAUCCCACGACGGCUCGAUCUGCCGUUAUCAACUUACGGGCCCAGCUAUUCCUUCUUCUAGUGUCAUCUUGGAUCGGUUGACUACAGGCUGCUCUUGGGGACGUGCUGCUCUCAUCAGCAAGCAUGUCCUGUUUGGUCGACAUCGCGUAAAGAACCCCAUCCACGACGCUUUCCAGCCAUGUAUCGGGGAUAUUAUUGAGAUCAAAUAUGCCAGUGGCACACUAAGCGAGAUGACACUUUAUCAUACUGCAGUUCAGAAAGGCGGUUCCAACGACAUCCGUGGUGCAUUGGAAAUCACUCACCUCGAUGCUGAUACGAUUUCGGUGGCCCUGAUAACGCACUCGGUUCAAACGGUGGCAGGAAACCGACCAGCCCUCGAAUUUAGGCUGAAGCUACUGGGGGGAGGCAUGGGCCAGCCAAUUAUCCAGCUUGAUCAAGAGACCUACCUUGGUCGGGUUCGCGAUCUGUAUACGGAACUAUGGAUUGGACCUGCACCCUGCCCAAUCUCAGCCGGGCUCAAUUCAGAGUUCAGUGAUGGCCCUGCUGUGAUUAUGCCCGAGUCUGUACAGGAAUUUGUGGCUGUCAUCUCUCAAUCCGGGCCAGCUCGCAGUCAGGCCUGGAGUGCACAAGGGCCAGUAGUUCCCCUUGACUACGCCGUCGUCCUGGCUUGGACUGCGCUCACCAAGCCCGUGCUGCUUCCAGCGCUCGAUGGAGACCCUCUUCAGCUUCUUCACCAGUCCAUAUCGCUACGGCUGGCCCGUGGUGUCUGGCCACUGUCUGUCGGCGAUGUAGUGCAGACAGCCUCUCGCAUAACAGAGCACACAAUCACCGCCACCGGGCAGCGUGUCGAGGUUUCCGCAGAAAUACUUCGUGAUGCGCAGCCUGUAGUUUACCUGCGAACUACUUUUGUGAUCCAGAGGCGUACCCAGAGGGCGUCCCAGCAGUUCCGUUCUGUCCACGAAGCAGAGAUGGUGAUGCAUAUCAGCUCUCCAGUCCAGCUGCAGCUCCUCAUUAGCCGCAAAUGGCUGUUCCUGGACGUGGCAUCUCACGAAAUCCUUGGAAAACGCCUGUUAUUUCGGCUUAAUACCCAGACAGUAUCCAGCACGAAAGGCACUCCCAGCUCACUACAAGUAUCCGGCCUGGCCACAUUGCUUUCAGAGCAAGCCUCAACCAGGACAACCACGGGAGCCAAGGUUGGCCGCGUAUAUCUAGAAGAAGAGGACCACAAUUUCAAUCCCGUCAUGGACUUCUUGAGCCGACAUGGCUCCCCACUAGUUCAGAGACAACCACUGCAAAGCCCCGGCUGGACCGGCGAUGCCGUUAUCCCAUUCAGAGCUCCAUCACCGAGCAGCGCAUACGCAAGGGUGUCAAAAGAUGCGAACCCCAUACACACUUGCCCUUUAUUCGCUCGGUUUGCCGGCCGAGGACAGCCGGUGCUUCACGGGAUGCACCUCUCAGCAACAGUGAGACGCAUCCUCGAGUGGAUGGUCGGUGAUACAGAGCGUCGCCGAUUCCAAGGCUGGAAGGUAUCUUUUGAUGGUAUCGUCCGGGCAUACGAUCAGCUGCGUAUGGAGGUACAGCACCGCGCAAUGGAAGACGGACUGAUGGUCGUCCAUGUUAAGGUGUUGAAUGUAAAUACUGGCGAUCAGAUCAUGCAUGCAGAAGCUAUGAUAGAACAAGCACCGACUGCAUAUAUCUUUGCCGGACAAGGAACGCAGGAGCAGGGAAUGGGGAUGGGCCUAUAUGGCAUGCAUAAGGCUGCGCAAGCGGUUUGGGACCGAGCAGAACGCCAUUUUGAAUCCCAGUACGGCAUUUCCCUCCUCCAUCUAGUCCGUGAUAAUCCAAAAUCCCUUGCCGUCAACUUUCGUGGUAAACGGGGCCAGCAGAUCCGGGCCAACUACCUCGCUAUGAGAUCUAGCUCGGAGUCUGAUAAACUGAUGCUUCCUGGUCUGACCGAGACGUCAAGAUCCUAUACCUUUUCAUACCCCUCUGGCCUGCUCAAGUCCACUCAAUUCGCUCAACCAGCACUGGUGGUUAUGGAAAUGGCGGAAUACGCACACCUCCAAGCCCAGGGAGUCGUCCAAAAAUCCGCCUUGUUCGCCGGCCAUUCCUUGGGAGAAUACAGUGCUCUCGGGGCCUGUUCUACGUUCAUGCAGUUUGAACCGCUGCUGUCUUUGAUAUUCUACCGCGGAUUGAAGAUGCAGAAUGCACUCCCUCGGGAUAACAACGGGCGCACGCAAUAUGCCAUGAUGGCUGUUGACCCUUCACGCACUGGAACAGACUUCGACGAAUGCAGUCUUAUGGACCUCGUUCAGCGUAUUGCGCGAGAAAUGGGCCUCUUAUUGGAGGUUGUCAACCACAACGUCCAAUCACGACAGUACGUGUGUGCUGGUCAUAUUCGGUCUCUCUGGGUAAUGGGCCAGGUUUGCGACAAUUUGUCUCUCGCGACCAGCAAUAGUCCAGACACCAUGGAAGAGUGUAUCAGGCAGAAUAUUGCCAGCAGUCAGACAAUAACGAGCCACGAAAGCCUCUCCCGUGGUAUCGCGACGAUCCCCCUUUCUGGGGUCGAUAUCCCCUUCCACUCUCAGAUGCUCCGGGGGCAUAUCGAUGAUUACAGGCAGUAUCUGCGGCGCCACCUCCGGGUUGCCGAUAUCAAGGCUGAUGAGCUUGUUGGACGCUGGGUUCCGAAUGUGGUAGGGAAGCCGUUUACUCUGGAAAUUUCGUAUAUUCGUUUAGUGCAGCAGAUUACACAGAGCAGGGCUUUACAUGGCCUACUAGAGCAGGUUGGAGAAAGGCUUUAG